AUGAACACACUGCUGUCUAAACCUCAAGGGAACGGACUCCUUUACGCUGGAUUCAACCAGGACCAUGGGUGCUUUGCCUGUGGAAUGGAGAACGGAUUUCGGGUUUACAACACCGAUCCGCUUAAAGAGAAGGAGAAACAAGAGUUCUUGGAGGGCGGUGUCGGCCACGUGGAGAUGCUCUUUAGGUGUAACUACUUGGCUCUCGUGGGGGGAGGAAAGAAACCCAAGUAUCCAACUAAUAAAGUAAUGAUCUGGGAUGACCUGAAGAAGAAGACGGUCAUUGAGAUCGAGUUCUCCACAGAGGUCAAAGCAGUGAAACUUCGGCGUGACAGAAUUGUGGUGGUCCUGGACUCCAUGAUCAAAGUGUUCACCUUUACCCAUAACCCCCAUCAGCUGCAUGUGUUCGAAACCUGCUACAACCCCAAAGGUUUGUGUGUACUGUGUCCCAAUAGCAACAACUCCCUUCUGGCCUUCCCUGGGACUCACUCAGGCCAUGUCCAGAUUGUGGAUCUCGCAAAUACAGAAAAGCCCCCAGUGGAUAUCCCUGCCCACGAGGGGGCGCUGUGCUGCAUCGCUUUGAACCUUCAAGGGACCAGGAUAGCAACUGCAUCAGAGAAAGGGACACUUAUCCGAAUUUUCGACACAUCGGCAGGUCAGCUUAUACAGGAGCUGAGACGAGGAUCUCAGACGGCCAACAUUUACUGCAUCAAUUUCAACCAAGACGCAUCCCUCAUAUGCGUUUCAAGUGACCAUGGCACAGUACACAUCUUUGCGGCCGAAGACGCGAAGAGGAAUAGGCAAUCGAGUUUGGCCUCCGCCAGCUUUCUUCCCAAAUACUUCAGCUCCAUGUGGAGCUUUUCCAAGUUCCAGUUGCCCUCGAGCUCCCCGUGUUUGUGUGCCUUCGGAACGGAGCCCAACGCUGUCAUAGCUAUUUGCGCUGAUGGCAGCUACUACAAGUUCCUGUACAACCAGAAAGGGGAGUGUUCCAGAGAUGUCUACGCCCAGUUCCUGGAGAUGACAGAUGACAAAAUAUGA